AUGCUAGUGGAAGCUUUCAAAUCAAUUAAUUUGUCGACAACUAUUCAGGUCAGCGAUUUAAUGGUUAAUGUCGUAGAGGCUCUACAAGAAUUUUGGCAAAUGAAGCAGGCUCGUGGUGCUGAUCUCAAAAACGGCGCCUUAGUCAUUUACGAGUCAGUUCCAUCAACAAGUCAGCCCUAUGUUUGUUAUGUUACGUUGCCUGGUGGAAGUUGUUUCGGAAGCUUUCAGAAUUGUCCAACGAAAGCUGAAGCAAGAAGAAGCGCAGCAAAAAUCGCUCUAAUGAAUUCAGUUUUCAACGAACAUCCAUCAAGAAAAAUUAGCGAUGAUUUCAUUGAAAAAGCAGUGAAUGAAGCAAGAGCAUCGUUUAAAGGUGAUACAAACACUGACGAAGAUGGACCUGAUACCGGAAUCGGAGCUUUCAGAUUCAUGUUGGAAUCAAACAAGGGUCGAACAAUGCUUGAAUUUCAAGAGCUAAUGACGGUUUUCCAACUUUUACAUUGGAACGGUUCGUUAAAAGCGAUGCGAGAAAGGCAGUGUUCACGUCAAGAAGUUGUCGCUCACUAUUCUAAUAGAUCUCUCGACGAUGAUAUGCGUACUCAGAUGGCUCUCGAUUGGAUAGCUCGUGAACAAGAGAAUCCCGGUAUGUUGGGUCGUGAAUUAUCCGUCGCUGAGAGAGAAUUAGAGACUGCAAGACUUGCUGGUCGCGAAUUGAGAUUCCCGAAAGAAAAGAAGGAUAUUCUGAUGCUUGCUCACACACAGAUGGGUGCAGGCAACAACACAAUGAACAGUUGAACUGUUCGAAGUACAUUACAUGCCAUGUUUAAAUUUUAAAUUGCAUUUAAAAUGUAACACAAAUUAAGUUUUAAGUUUACACAAACGCACACAACACACACGAACAAUUUAGAUUUAAAUUUUAAAGUAGAUAUCAUGUCUUCAUAGAAAUUGACAGAAGAAUGUUGAGUUGCAUCAUCAGUACAUUCUAUACAGAAAUUAUUCUUCAAUCAAUCGAGUCAGAGGGUAAUUCAUGGAUAUAAAUACUGUGAGAAUGACGUUAAAAUAUUUAGAAGCGCUAACAGCCAUUUCGUUCUUCUAAUUCGGCAAAAAGUUGGCAGAAAGCAAGAAAAUUACAAAAACUCUAUCAAAAUGAACAAGAUAACUUCGCUAAACAUGAUGAAUUACCCAAUGAUUUGUUAUUAUUCAAGAGAAAAUGAAACAACAGAAAAAAACUAAUUGGAAAGCUCAAGUUAUUGUGAUUACAAAAGUAGAAACCUUUUAUUAUAUCUAUCAAUAUAUUUAGUGAUUAUAAUUUUAAGGACUUUCAUUUUCGAUUGAAAAUUUUGUUUUUAAAAAUAUCUUUUCAUUAAGUCACUUUUUUAUUAUUUUGGUGGCGGUAACUUUCAUUCUAAUUUCUCAAAUUUUCAUCUGACUAAAUUCCUUAACUCCUUGCUUCAACACAACAAAAACGAGCUUUGUAAAUAAUGAAAGCUGAUGCAACAGCUCUCUAAUUCUUAAAUUAAUUAAACUAAAAUCGAUACUAAAGCAUUUUGGCCAAAAUUUUUCUUGAAAAUUAUUUUUUUUAAUAUAAAUUUAAUCGAGAAAGUUAUAAAUUGUGAUUUAAAAUUUGAGUAUAAUUAUGAAAAUAAGCAAAGCCUUACGAGGUGGCAUUUUUAGCUAAAUUUAAAAAUUUGAGAUAUUUCUCUUUUUUUCAACUUAACAUAGACAAACAGUGACUUAAAUGUACAACAACAACAAAUAUCUGAAACUUUGUAAAUGAAAUUCUUAUUUUCAUCAUUUCGAAAUGCAUCGCAGAAU